AUGCCGACCGCCCUGCCCACGCUCUAUCCAAGCAUCCGCACCUAUAACAUGCAGCAACCGCCGGCCACUCACGACCCAAAAGCGCCCACCAUCGAGAUGAGCCUAAGAGAGCAUCUGCUUGCUGCUGGCGCCGGCCAGAGCAGUGCGCCCCAACCCAUGCAGCAACACCCUCACCAAAGUCCCCAGCAGCACGCCAUCGACCCCGCCAUCGCCGGCCAGCAGUACCAGAUGAGCCAGGGCGAGACGGCCCAUAUGGGCGACCAGGGCCAAGCCAAUGCGAAAGGCCGCCGCGAACUGAGCACAUCGAAGCGCGCUGCCCAGAAUCGCGCCGCACAGCGCGCCUUCCGCCAGCGCAAAGAAGAGUACAUCAAACAACUCAAGGACCAGGUCAAAGAGUUCGAGCAGCUGUGCGAGCUUUACAAGACGCUCCAGACCGAGAAUUAUCAGCUCCGUGACUACAUCAUCAACCUCCAGUCCCGUCUUCUCGAGACCCAGGGCGAGGUCCCACCGGCACCGGCCGGCGUCGACCUUUCACGCCAUGGCGAAGCGCCCAACCCCAAUAUGAACCAGGCUCCGCCGCAGCCUCAGCCCGACCAUCAGGCGCAAUCGCAACAGAACACGAACAACAGCAGCAACAACGGUGGCCUCUCAGACAGGCAGAUCGGGGAGCUCCAGAUGGCCGCUCAAGCAGCAGCCGCUGCGCAGCACGGCGGUCCGUCUCUGAGCAAUGGCAAGCAUCCCAAUGAUGGCUCGCCUUUCUCAGGCGACUAUGCGGACAAGCGCCAGAAGACCGGAGACUCUCCAGCUUCAGGUCAGCAAUUCCAGUCACCAUACCCCAAUCCUUAUGCUUAG